UAUCGUGCUGGAAUUGACGUGGCGGGGAUUGAAUGUGGCCCAGGAUACAAUUUAUAACGGCCGACUGGGGACUGGUUUUACACAGCACUCAGUUCUACUCGUUAGUAGAACGCGAGAAGUCGUUGUAUCAGGUUGUACAUCACAGCAUCUCGCUAAAAUAAACAUAAUGCCUUCCUACAAGUUGACGUACUUCAACUUGACUAGCCUCGGCGAGCCGAUAAGAUUUCUGUUGCACCAAAGCGGCAUCGAGUUCGAAGAUAAGAGGGUUGAAUUUGAAGAAUGGCCGGAACUAAAAGCUCAGAUGCCAAUGGGCCAACUACCAGUUCUGGAAAUCGACGACAAGGUUUUGUACCAGUCGAAGGCAAUUUGCCGUUUCAUCGCCAAGCAAAAUAAUCUCUACGGUGCCGACGAGUACGAAGCUUUCCAAAUCGACGCCACUGUCGACACCAUAGACGAUCUGAGACACGCAUUCACGAUAUACCACUGGGAACAGGAUCCAGGUUUCAAAGCGAAACUCAAAGAAGCCGCCUUCCAGAAACUUCCCGUGUAUCUUGACAAGUUCAAUGAACAGGUCAAGAAGAACGGCGGACAUUUUGUCGGCGGAAAGUUAACCUGGCCAGACCUUCUGUGGACCGCGUACACGGACAUCUUGUCCGUCAUCUCGGAGACGGAAUUGAACAAGAACCACCCCGAACUGAAAAAGUUGGUGGAGAAAGUGAAGGCGCUGCCCAACAUCAAGUCUUACCUCGCUAAGCGACCGAAAACGCAAUUCUGAAAAUGAGAGACGGUCGGGGAGCUCUUUGGUGCUUGGAUGAUAGAUAAGGAGUUUCCGCAUAGCAAAAAUCUAUCGAUGAUCUUUUGUUUAUUUUUUUUCACAAGACAGUCGCACAUCUUCUACAUGAUAUGAUAGCGAUACAAACGUUACGCUAGAUUUAUUCGACUUGACGAACGAAUAAAGAAAGUGGAGUUGCGCGUCGAAAGUACAAAAAUAAAUACAUGUUCGCAAGAAACUGCCUCUAUCAUUCCUACGAACUCUUCGAUCAUCGAUCGAUCGUCGCUCUUAAAAUGUUUCACAAGGUUAAUGCUGUCUUCGCACGUGUGAAAACGAUGGGAAGUAUCCACGCGUUGACGCGCGUUUCUCAACUAUUUUCGUUUGGUGCGAACGAAUGCACGCAUAAAGAGCGCGAUUCUGUGAAACUUUUGAUACACGUUCCUCUUGUUAACAAUCGCUGAUGUAUAUGAAUCACAUUCAUGUUAAUGUUUAUAUCUACCGUGAACUCUAUACGGAACAAAUACACGUUUGCGAAUGUAA